GAGUGAAAGUGUUUCUCGACACAUAUUACUCUUGUGGCCCUUUAGGCUAACCCGCAGGCAGUUCGGAGCCUUCUCCCUCUAGAGUCUAUGCCAGGAAUGAUAUCUCUUGUUGCCGGUGCGUCGAGCGUUUUGCUGCAUACCUGGUCUAUGGGAUUCCCCUAGCGGUUGGGGCUUAAUUCACCUGACACCCGUCUAGGAAAACCUAGCCCAGAAACGUUUCCUUUCGCCAAAUUAUCGAUAUCGCUCAAAGAUUCAAAUGAGAGUACUAUAGUCCUUGAAGAAUCUCUAUUGAGAGAAGCACUUCAGUAUGGAUUGCCAGAAGGGAAUGCAGAAUUAAUUCAGGUUUGUCAUCUAUGAAUUUUGGGAAACAAGAGAACUUCUUAAACUCAUGAAUGAGAGUAUGAAGUGGUUUAGAGGCCUUCAGAAGAGAGUUCACGGCCUCCCUGAAUCUGGCGACUGGGCUUGCUGCGUUGGCAAUGGGAGUCAGGAACUUAUCUACAGAGCAUUCCAAGUCUUCACUGACCUAGGUGACCCUGUCUGCCUUGAAACGCCGGCAUAUCCUGGAGUUGUAGGAUUUCUCAGGGCAGAUGGACAUCAUUUAAUUGAAGUUAACUCGGACAUCGAUGGCCUGGAUCCGUCUGAACUCGAGAGGAUCCUCUGCAGCUGGCCUGAGAAACACCGACUCCCAAGAGUUCUUUACACGGUUCCAACAGGAUCGAACCCAAUAGGAAGGUCGUCCACUGAGUCACGGAAAGCUGAAAUUUUGCGGCUCGCUCAACGUUUUAAUUUCAUGAUAUUCGAAGAUGACGCUUACUAUUUUAUAAACUUCGAGGAGGCACCAUCGAAGAGAGCCCGUAGUUACCUAGCCCUCGAGAGAGAAGUCAACGGAGAAACGGGAAGAGUCAUCCGUUUUGACUCCCUAAGCAAAAUCGUCAGUUCAGGAAUGCGGUUGGGCUUCCUCACGGGCCCCUUACCUGCUGUGCAGAAGGUCAUAAAAAUCACGGAAAACAUAAACCUUCAACCAGCAUCCACCACUCAGUUUCUUGCCCUGGCUCUAUUUCGACACUGGGGCUAUCCCGGGUUCCUCAAGCAUUGUGCGAAGGCUGCCAAUACCUAUCGGCAAAAACGGGACGCUUUCGCAGCUGCAGCAGAGCGGCACCUCAAAGAGAAAGCGACAUGGGAUAUCCCAACUGCUGGCAUGUUCUUUUGGCUAACACUCCGUCUUCCGCCGUGCAUGGACAGUUUCGAUUUGCUGAGUACUAAGGGCUUGGAGAAUGGCGUUCUCGCAACUCCGGGCGUCGCUUUCAUGCCCAACAUCCGUAAGACAUGCCACCUCCGCGCGAGUUAUAGUCUUAUCACUGAGGUGGAGAUGGACGAGGCGUGCAGGCGGAUUGCAAAGCUCGUGGAUGAUGCUUGGGGAUCCCAAUUGGACUUAGCAAAGACCUGAGUGUUGGAGUUCGAAUGCGGCUCCAUCGUCUCCAGUUUGUUUAUUUUGCACGAUGGUAAAUUGCAGGAUGCUCUCUAUAAUCUUUGAAUGUCAAUGUCAGGUUCUUGAACUAGACAAAAUUACUACAAGGCGCAUGUUUCCAGCACUCAAUGCUCCUUAAAGAUAUAAAGCCCCAGAAAGCCUCAUGGGUAGAUCAACAGUCUCCAUUGCAGUAUUUUAUUGUCAUUAGCCCCUACGCGUGAGAGUGAGUAGGAUAAUGGUCAAGUUCAUAUAUCGCUUUGCCCUCCCGAAAAGAAAAAGAAAAAUCGUUAUUCAUCCCUCUGAGAUAGGUUGCGGAACCUUUGAUAUGCGAUAUAUCAUUGGAAGGGAGACAGGAAUUAUUUUAAAGGCCCUAAUCAGAACCCCUCCCAAUGCGUGUAGCACUUCUGUUUUUCUAUUUUUUUCUUUCUCCAUUUUAAAUUUAGGAUACUGCUGCUGCAAAAAAGAAACGGAAUUUAUCGCAUAUUAUAUUUGCCCAUGCCAUAGUUACCAUUGGACCAUAUUAUUCUAUUCUGAC